ACAAACAUACAUACAUCAUAUAGUAUGUACAUACAUACAUAUGUAUGAAAAUAAUAAAGAUUCUUGUAUUGUUUAAAUGUAAUUAAGCGUAUUCAAUACCGAAAUUUGUCUCCCGGCAAUGUCAAGCUCCUGGUGUGGACGUGACUUUCAGAAGCGUGAGUUUGCCAAGCACUCGCCCACUAUUUGUUACGACAAGCCAAACGCGGCAGUUGUUUCCAAGGAGGAGUAUGACGACAAGCGCUACAAGGCGCUCUGCGGCGAUGUGAUCCAAACGCUCAUUGUGCCCAAGCGAGAAGCACGUACUUGGUCGAUGCAGCAGGGCGAUCUGUGUCGGGUCACAGUGCAUGAAGGCUCCCAAGUGGGCGACAUGAACUUUUGGAACUUGGACAAUACCAAUGAGCGUUUCUAUUCGGGCAAAACACGGCAACUACACGCCGCCCACCUAAGAGUGUACGAUCGGCUGUGGAGCUGCUUACCCUAUCUUAGACCCAUGGCUACAUUUGUUUUUGACACACUUGCCACUUAUGGAAUCGAUGAGGAUGGUGGAGCUCUACACGACGUGAUUGGCACGCGUUGCGAUGAUUACACGUACAAACUGAUAACGGGAAAGGAACGUGUGGGCAGUUGCCACAGUUCUUUGGUUAAGGCGGUGGUGGAGGAGCGUGGAAUGUGUGAGCAGGAUGUGCACGAUGUGUGGAACAUUUUCAUGUGCACUGGUAUAACGAGGGACACCGAUCAGUACUUCUGCAAGCCAAGUCCGGCCAGAAAAGGUGACUUCAUUGAAUUCAUAGCGGAUAUGAAUUUGUUGGUAGCCUUGAGUGCUUGUCCUCAAGGCGAUGUGUCAAUACCAGUGGGUCAUGAGGUGCCUGAUGAAGUGUGCCAUCCUUUAAAGGUCGAGGUCUUUCGUCAAAAGUUGUAAAUUCCUUAUAUAUGUACAUUUGUUUUUAAAAUGGUUUUCCUUAUGUACAUACAUGUAUGUAUAUUUUUAUACACAUAAAAUAGAUAAUUGAAUAUUUGAGUUCCAAUAAAUUUUAAAUCAUGGUGACCUUAAAACUGUAA